CUGAGGUGAAGGCAGUGCCUGUUUGUGUGGAGCCAUCUCACCAUCCCCGAGGUGAUGCCCCGUGCUUUCCUGGUCAGGAGUCGGCGUCCACAGCCACCCAACUGGGGCCACCUGCCUGACCAGCUCCGGGGAGAUGCCUAUAUCCCAGACUGCAGCAGCCCAGGAGGCCCACCGGUACUUCAGUCUUCCUGCCUUGGGAACCCUUGGGCAGCGCCCAUGCAGGGCACCCUGGCCUCUGCUCCCAGAAACCCCGGCACGCUUGGUUGCCCACUCUGUCCCAAGGCCUUUCCACUGCAGCGCAUGCUGACGCGACACCUCAAGUGUCACAGCCCGGCACGCCGCCAUGUGUGCCGCUGUUGUGGCAAGGGCUUUCAUGACGCCUUCGAUCUCAAGCGCCACAUGAGGACCCACACAGGGAUCCGGCCAUUCCGCUGUGGAGCUUGUGGGAAAGCAUUUACCCAACGAUGCUCCCUCGAAGCUCAUCUCGCCAAGGUACACGGGCAGCCAGCCAGCUACGCUUACCGUGAGCGCCGGGAGAAGCUGCAUGUGUGCGAGGACUGCGGCUUCACCAGCUCCCGGCCGGAUGCCUACGCCCAACAUCGUGCCUUGCACCGCGCUGCCUGAAACUGCCUAAUUACGCUUUCCCAUGAGGCUAUAAAUAAACACAGGAAA